AUGGCAUCUUACUCUCAGCGUCCGAUUGAACCCAACACCCGUCUACACCACCGGGAAGCCGCCAGCUUGGUGCCCAGCUCUGACUCGGGCACUGCGUACGGCAGCAACCCGGCGCUGCAUGUAGACGGGUGGCACCAUCAACAACCGCAAAACCCCCAUAACAACGCGUUCAUGGCCGUCGCUCUCGGCACAGCUCCCGAGCCCAGCAAUAGCAGCAGCAGCGGAAUGAAGCGCACACGUGAGUCCGUCGACCAUCACCCUCGCUCCAACAAGCGUAGCUUUGACCAGGUCGCAGCAACAACCCAGCAUGGCAACAGCAGCGGCGGCGGUGGCGUGCGCAUCACAGAUUUGCUCAACCCUGCUGUGGUUCCAGCAAUAGCCGCGGCCCACAGAAUGACUCUGCCAUCGGCACUGUCGCGCACACAGAGCGACGAUGCCAAGUAUGCGCAUCAGCAGGUCGCUGCUGUGAUUCAGGGAGCGAAGCAGCCGGCGGAGCCUGUGAGGGGCUUUGUUCGCACCGCAACGGCGCCGUCAAUUAUGGCUGCCGCUGACCCAUCAUGCGCACAGGGCCUUGUGCGCGAAGCCCUUGAACUCGACAAGCUCUAUGCUGUGCACCGCAACCCGAACAAGAGCAGAAACAAAGCGAAGCAAAAGGCGCUUUGGUCCUUUUCGCCCUUGCUAUCAUUAUCGCGCCACCACUCAGCCAUCAGCUUUAUAAAGUGUCUGCCACGAACUGCGGCUGCGGCUGCGGCUGUGCUGAGCAUUUGGCCCAACCACUCGACCUCACAGCGCACGCAGCUCUGCUCUCUGCGGUGCUUUGUGGCCGAGACUCACCGCCAGUCUCGGUUGGGCAUUGACGUGCUGGAGCUGUGCAUGUUUUACCUCUUGCGCGCCAAAUCCAUCAUCCAGGCGAAGCAGCGCGCCGCAGCCCAGCACAAGGAAGACCAGAAGGAAGGGCAGCUGAAGGAAAACCACCAACAGAUGAUGGUGGUGACCCAGCAACAACAGCAGCAGCAAGCUCAGCUGGAGCACUCUGCCACACCUCCUCUGUCGCCCGACAACCAGUACAUUGCCAACAACAGCAACGGUACCACUGCUACCACCACCUCUGUUGCAAGAGCCAAGGUUCACUCUGAUAUGGGGAGGGGCAGUCCGAUCACGCCGGCGUCAGCGGGGUCUGUCGGACAGCAGAUCCUCUAUGUUGAGGGAGACCGACAGCAGAUGCUGCGCAGCGGGCUUAUCACAUCCUUUGUACCCGCAGACCCCACCACGGGCAACAAGCAUCAGGACACCGCAGCGCAGCACCGACCGCUAGCUGGCAUGUCCUCAGCACUGCCAAACUCAUUCCGUUCGUUUGUCUGCAAGACCAACAGCGCCAAUGUCCAGCUGCCCUCGCCGCACCAGCAGGAGGAGCAGGCCCAGGAUCGGCAGCAAAAGCCGCAGGAGACACCCAAAGCACCGGCCAAGCCCGACGUCACCAAAUGCGGCCGGCGCAUGUUUGUCGCGGCCAUCAUCAGCGCAUCCAAGUUCAUCUACGACCAGACCUACUCGAACCGUGCAUGGCAUAAGAUCACCAAACUGCCGUUGACCCAGAUCAGCGAUAUGGAGAGGGCAUUUUUGGAUAUGAUUGACUACCGCCUGUAUGUGGAUCGCACGACUUAUGAUAAGUUUCAUCGUUUGCUUGCGCGCUCUGGUAUGCGCAAUGGGAGGCUGAUGGUCUGUGAUCCGGCAUACCCGAUGCCUACUUCGCCAACGUCAUCGGCAUCGGUGCCGGCGGCUGGGGAGUCUGCGUCACCAUGGAUGGUGCCUACUGCUCAGCAGUCUGCGGACAAUACAGAGUUUGCACAACAGCAACAGCAACAGCAACAGCAACAUCAUCAGCAGAAGCAUAAUGUGAUGGCCGCUAAUAAUGCCCCUCCUGCACAGGUUCCAUUUACUCCUACGUCGGCGAUGGACCUGCGCACAGCUAUGAGCGUCCCCUUGUCGAUCACUAGCACCCCGGUGAUUCAGAGAGCUCCUCCUAAUAAGCUUGUGCCCUUAGGUAUGGCUGAAGCUGCUGUGCAGAUGCAGGAACAGGUCAUUGGUAUGCUGAGAACUCAGCAGCAGCGCCAGCAGCACCACAACUACCAUAACCAAACUAACAAUUAUCAGCAACAGCAGAUGAACUAUCACCAGCAACAGCAACAGCAACAGCAACAACUUUAG